AUGUUUGGCGGCGGCAGCACCCAUCAGCCGCCACAGGAUUCGCCUGCCGUGCAUCACACUCCCGUGCGGCCAUCGUCUACAUCGAGCGCCAAUGCGCGUGUCGUAGUUCCGCCUUCUGAUGUUGCCAUGGCCGAUUCGGGAGCCCCGCAGUCGAGCUCAACACCAGGCCAGCCAUCACAGCAACACAGCAGCCCCCACAACACCACCACGGGCACUCCCGCUUCCCAGCACCCAGUUCCAACCCCUCCCAGCCCUCGCUUCCGCCCGCAUUCACAGCCUGAUAACGCGAACCCCGCCUCGGGCACCCUGACAAACUCUCGAACUGUCUCGGCCUGUGUUCCAGCUCCGCUCCAGCCCUCACCAGCACAGUCUUUGCGUUCUCCUGCAGCCUCGCCCACUCGUAUCAAGGUCAAGAGCCUGUCGCAUAUCCAGAGCUUUGCAAUCGACGACUCCAGUCCAUUCUCUCAGACCCGAUCGCUGGCCCGGCGCCAGCGAAGAGACCCGGCAGAUGUCGGUCCUCAAUACGAGAUUAGCGAAAUGCCCGUGUCGGACAUCAUUGAGAUGGUGGCUGGCUUGCUGACCAAGAUCACGACGACCAACGAUCGCCAACACGACCACCUACACCGCCAGAUCCCACCACCAGAGGGCACAUCAGGCCUGAGCCAGCAGACCACCAGCGUGCUGGCCUUCCACGGCAAGAACGUCCCCAGCAUCUCCAUUCUCAGCUAUCUCAGCAGGAUCCACAAGUAUUGCCCUACCACGUACGAAGUCUUCCUAAGUCUUCUCGUCUACUUCGACAGAAUGACAGAGAGGGUAAAUGCAGGCCCAAUGUCUGGUCUUCGCAAGGCUAACCAACAGUCUGUCGAACAAUCGAAAAGCACAGUGUCAGCAAAUUCUACUUCAGAAGCAUCGCGGCCAGCGUCCACUUCGGCUCAAGCAGCCACACCUCCCCCAUCAGGAUCUCUGGGCAAGCCCUCUGAAGCACCAAGCCAAGGUCCCCAACCGCCUUCUCCACCUCAACAGGAUCUGGAGACAGACGCACUUAAUCUUUCUCACUUCUUCGUUGUCGAUAGCUUCAAUAUUCAUCGUCUCGUCAUAGCUGGUGUCACAUGUGCGAGCAAAUUCUUCUCCGAUGUGUUUUACACAAACUCGAGAUAUGCAAAGGUCGGCGGUUUACCGUUGGUGGAACUCAAUCAUUUGGAAUUACAAUUUCUCUUGUUAAAUGACUUCCGCCUUGCAGUACCGCUAGAAGAGAUGGAGGCCUAUGGGACCAUGCUGGUCGAAUUUUACGCACGCGAGGUGGCAGAGCAACACGAACGAGAGAAUGCUGGGAAAUACUAAUCACGUAACCGACUUCACGUUCGCACACCACAAAAU